GGACCGGGAGCGGGAGUACACAACCAUGAGGUCCAGGAUUUGUUUGUGUUGGUUUGUAAGCUGCUCGAGUCCGAUCACCGCAUGCGCCUUCAUAGAGCACCACACGACUCCGCUCAAAAUGAGGCAGAAAGGACUAAUGCUGCCAUCCGCGAAGCUCUCGCGACCGGGCGACCAGUGGAACCACCUGCCGAUCCAUUUCAUGGACUUACGGCCUCUCAAAUGGAAAGCAUGACCUUAAAAGAGGUUGAAGAACAUUGCCUUUCGUGGAAGGUAGGAAAUACCUGGAAGUUGGCUAGAGAAGUGUCGGAGAGAAUUCAUGACGAGCCGGGACCUGGAAAACAUGAUUUUCUCAUCUCUGUUCCCAGUUAUCCAAAGGAACAGCAGAUUUUGCACUUCUUGGCCAAGUAUCUAAUUCAAUGGAAGAAGGCACCUGUCAACAAGAGACCCACGAUGUGUGGGAAUGCCUUAUUUCUGAAACUACAGAGGCUGAAGGAUGAUCACGUGAGGCAAGGACAUUGCUACUUAGAAUACCUCAAGUUCACGUGCGAGCCAACCUGUGAGUUCUGCGAGCGCGAAGGUUGGUCUGCGGGGGUUCCUGGGAAUUGGUUUCCUGUUCCUACUCGCAGCAAUACUACGCCGCGUACAUACAUUCCAUCUGUUGUGCCAAGAGAGGAAAUCGAUAGCCUCCUGCCAAGCAUCCAAGUUAAGCGAUUGUUUGCCACUGGGAGGAAGGUCCACAGCAAAGAGGUGCAGAAAUUGUGCAACGACUUUUUGAUUGACGUGAAUGCCUGUAACCACUUCAUAGAGCACCAAAAAUUCCUUGCAAUGAAAGCAAAA